AUGCUUCAUCAAAAGCAGUUAAACUCUUUGGGUCUAAAUUUUCUUGAAUCCACACCGAGUUCACCAAUUCCGAUGAAUCGCUCCAAUGACAGUGAUAAGCCAAGAAGCUUCGGAUUUAAAAAUACAGUGCGCACAACUGAAUUACCAUUCCAAAAUGUUUUCAAAUACAGUGAGCACUCGCAAAAGCUCUCAACUUAUGGGGAUCAAAGUGCUUCCAAUUUUUCUACAGCAGAUGAAAACUGUUUAAGUGCUACAAAUAGUUUUAAAGUAGAUUUGGAAACAAAUAGCGUCAUACACUACUCAAUUUACCAUUCACCAAAUCAAGCAAACGUACCAACAAUCCAACCUUCAGCUUUUAUACCAUCUUUUUCAGAUAGUAAUGAAGAAUUAAAUUUAAAAUUGCUGAAUGUAUACUUAGCCCUCUUAAUAACCGAUGUAUGCUUCCAAGAUAAAAGCAUAAGCUCAGCAGAAACAAAAUACAAGGAUAGAUCGAAAAAAAUCGGUUCCAAGAUGGAAACAAAAAUGUGCCGAAGGAAAACUCGAGAAAUUGUCAAGAUGACUGUUUAUGUAGAUCAAAUCAUUCAGACAAUUGAUAAGUUCAUGAGCUACCAAUUCUCGUCUGGCGAACCUCUUUUUAUGAAGUGUUCUGACCAGGAGAAGGAAAUCUUCGGGAAGCAGAUUGUUUCAAUUUUGAGAUCUUUGAUUUUGGAGUAUGUCCCAACGACUGACGCCCAUCCAUUAUCUCGAUUAUUUCGAGAGUCUUUGAAACGUGCUCAUCAUCUCCAAACGAAUACCGGGUAUUCCAAACAUAGAAGGUUUUCUAGAAUUGAAAAAGAUUCCACUCUAUUGAAAAAACUGGAAGGUUUAUGCCAUGUUCCUCCAACACUACUCAAUUCGUUAAAUUUUGGCAUUUCUAUGCCACAAUAUGGACAAAACUUCGAAUCUUAUCGAGAACAGAUCGAGGCAGUUGAGAAGUUAUUAUUAGUUUACGUUAUUUUCCUUUUGGAAAUGAAAAAGCUUUUUGAAGUGACGGUAGCGAUAGCUAGAACUUCAGGAGUUCAAGUUAUGGUCGACCAUCAUUUAUUUUUGGAGUGCUUGGAAGCCUUUUUAUACAGUUCAGUCAUUUGUAGGAACGCCGAGUUAAUAGUGGGUUUAGACAAGCUAAUAAAACAAUGGACUCAGGACGACGAUCAAAUGAAGAGGUUGACUAAGGUUUGGGCAAGCAAUUUGAUAGAUCAUUGGGAUUGCUCGGGAAUCCGGAGAGCCAAAAACGAUGUGGCACAAAACUGUGAUUCGAGAAACUAUAACGCCUAUUCGCCUAUUAUAUGCGAAUAUGACCUUGUAAAAUUGUUCGUGAACGAAGUAAUAGACAUUUGUGACGAGAACACCGUUGUUCCACCUUCUGUUACAGUAAAACCAUCAGGCAGUGGACCACCAAGUGAGUUUAGGUGGCUCACAAUAUUCGAAAACGACGCAGAUAAUAGAAUUUCAUCAAUUGAGACAUGCGAAAUCGAAACAUUUGUUAGUACAGAUAAAGCCGACAUAGAUCCACGCAUUUGGCAUGCACCUACGAAUGUAUACGACACUAAAAUUGCAAAACGGCAUCACAGCGAUUCGAGACGACAUAAUCUACGCACAUGGUUCAGGAGUCUGCAUUCGAAUGAUCUCGGAAGCAGGCAUAAAUUUCUGGACAAAUGCCAUCGAGCAAAAUGCAAAGUUACACGUUUAGUCGAGAGAUUGUCUUUUCGAUCUGGAACUCAUCGCCAGGAUGCUAAUCGUUUCAAAGGAUCGUGUUAUACCGAUGAACAAGAGGAUUUGUCAGAACGGUCUCUUAGAACGUCUCACGGGACUAAGAAACGGCCGAAAAGAUCGGCAACGGGUCAAGUUCAAGUGAUGUUUCACAGUGCAGGAAAGAAGCAAGAGCAAAUAACAAGUCUGCAAGAUGGGACGCGUUUCGAAGAUUUAUUCGAUCGAACCACGUUCAGCGAUCUAAUAACAGAAUGCAACCGAUACGAGCGAUUCAAGAACAAAAAGAAGAGGUUUAUGUUCCUUUUCUUUGGUGAAGAGGCGUGA